CCUGUUUUUCCAAGUCAGGAAAAGGGACUGAAUGAAGGGCGGUGCCAGAUUUGAAGAUUUCUUUCCUUUUGCAGUCUGGACUGAGUUUAGACGUCCUAAAGCCAGCUUGGCUCUCCACAACCCUCGAGGAAAACGUCUUUUUGAUGAAUGGUUUCCACAUUGCUGAGGAAUUUACACACCCAAAAACGAAAGCAUCGAAACUAAAAAAUGUGACCCACAUUUGGGCUGGUUCUUGUGACAGAAUGUCCUGCGUACUUUGCCGCCUCCCUAAGUGGAGCCAAGGGAGCAUGACUUAAUGUGAUGCCUGGGCCAUCAUCGUCAUGAAUGAGUUCUCUCACUGCUGCUGUGUGAGCUGUACCUGACAGAACAGAGACCAUGAAGCAAUUAGAGGGAUGCUCACAGUACCUGUGAGUUGGCCUGCUGCUGUGGGACUGCUGGCUGCUCCCUCUGCUGUGGCUGUUGCCCCAAGAUCCGACAGUCCCGGAGUACCCGCUUCAUGUAUGCCCUCUACUUCAUUCUCGUCGCCGUCCUCUGCUGCAUCAUGAUGUCACAAACCGUGGCUAAUGAGAUGAAAGAGCACAUUCCUUUUUACGAAGACGUUUGUAAAGGCAUUAAAGCUGGUGACACCUGUGAGAAGCUGGUGGGGUAUUCUGCGGUGUAUAGAGUCUGCUUUGGGAUGGCCUGUUUCUUCUUUAUCUUCUGCCUCCUGACCUUAAAUAUCAACAACAGCAAAAGCUGCAGAGCCUACAUUCACAAUGGCUUUUGGUUCUUCAAGCUCCUGCUUCUGGGGGCCAUGUGCUCAGGCGCUUUCUUCAUUCCAGACCAGGAGACCUUCCUGAAUGCCUGGCGCUAUGUGGGAGCCAUCGGAGCCUUCCUCUUUAUAGGCAUCCAGCUCAUCCUGCUCGUGGAGUUUGCACAUAAAUGGAACAAGAACUGGACCGCAGGAACCACUCACAACAAGCUGUGGUACGCCGCUCUGUCCCUGGUGACCCUCAUCAUGUACUCCAUCGCCGCUGGAGGCUUGAUUUUGAUGGCAGUGUUUUAUACACAGAAAGAUGGUUGCAUGGGGAACAAAAUCCUCCUGGGAGUAAACGGAGGCCUGUGUGUACUGAUUUCAUUGGUCGCCAUCUCACCCUGUGUCCAAAAUCGGCAGCCCCACUCGGGGUUACUGCAGUCGGGGCUCAUAAGCUGCUAUGUCACGUAUCUCACCUUCUCAGCUCUGUCCAGCAAACCUGUAGAAGUGGGAGUGGUGUUGAAGGCCGAGUUGCAGAUGCUGGGAGUUGAACCCGGGGUCUCAUACAUGCCAGUUCUGGAUGCACAUGGGAAGAACGUUACGAUCUGUGUGCCUGACUUUGGUCAGGACCUAUACAGAGACGAAAACUUGGUGACUGGACUGGGUACCACUCUCUUGUUUGCGUGCAUCUUAUAUUCGUGUUUGACAUCGACAACGAGAUCGAGUUCUGAUGCUCUGGCGGGGCGCCACGCAGCUCCCGAACUGGAAGUAGCUCGGUGUUGCUUUUGCUUCAGUCCCUAUGGAGAAGACACUGAAGACCCGCAGAAUAUGAAAGAGGGGCCGGGCGUCAUUUAUGACGAGAAGAGAAGCACCGUCUACAGCUAUUCCUAUUUCCACGGAGUCUUCUUUUUGGCUUCCCUCUAUGUGAUGAUGACCGUCACCAACUGGUUCAACUAUGAAAGUGCCUACAUUGAAACCUUCUUCAACGGGAGCUGGUCCAUCUUCUGGGUCAAGAUGGCCUCCUGCUGGAUGUGCGUGCUGCUGUACCUGUGGACGCUGGUGGCGCCCCUCUGCUGUCCUUCUCGGCAGUUCUAUGUGUGAGGCCUGCAGCUGGAAGGGACGUCCUUUGAGCAAGUGUCCCAGGGGUCUGAGCACUGACUGGCGCUUUUCGAAAAGCUGGCUUCCCCUGGCUUUCAGGGGAGGAAAAAAUCACCUGAUGAGCUUUUUAAUUCUGAAAUUCGAAAAGAAACUACCAAGUUAUCCCGAAAGAAUUGAAAAUUUUAACCAAGUUGA